UCUCCUCUCCUUGCAUUUGCUUGCUCGUUCGCUUUGCUUGCCUAGCCCGCCUGUUUGCCUGCUACGCAAACAAUUUUUCGCUCCACACCCCGCGCACCCUCUCCUAGGGAAUUCACGCACAUACGGGGUCGAGUGUCUGUCGUUUGUCGCGCGCUUUUCCUUACCUAUUUUCAUUUUUUUUUUUUUUUCUCUCUCUUUGAAUAGUAACAAAGGAAAAGAGAAAACAGGGACACGGAUAUUUUCACGAAGUCUAUCCUUCGGUUUUGCGGUGUUGUAAAAACAAACUGGUCGUUCCUUUUCGAAGAGGGAUUACGUCGCGUUGCUCCAAUUCCUUCGACUUUCGAGGCGAGAAAGUCUUAAGUGGUCUGUUUGUUUAUCUUAACUGGUGUCGACUCGUAAGGACUUAGAAGAACUUGACGCUGUGUUCUAUGCACGUUCACGGGUGGAGGUAACGGUACCGGCAAAUUCGACCCCUUCGCGUACCGAGAAAGAAACGGGUAACCAGGGAGAAGGUUACGAAGAAACGAGGGCCGAAUGUAUGCGGUAUCGGGACGAACUAAUAACCAUCUCUCAUCCCGCAGCUGCGAGCCGAGAGCUAGAAAAUUAACUCGAAAAUCCUCUCGACUUAAUAUCCCAUUACGGUCUCGAUGCGAACAUAGUGGGGCACCGCUCACGACCUACGACCUCUCGACGACUGAUUUAUUACCGCUUCGCUCCCUCUGUUUCUUGGCUCGUCUCUCUUUUCCAUAAACUCUCCUACGGAUCUUUAGCUCGGCGAACGAAAUCGCGGUCAAAUUAUUCGAGAUUAUCGAGGAGAAAAUUUACUUGAACUCGAACGAUUUUAUAUUCCUUCUAAAGAUGCUCCAAACCCCCCUCGGAAAACUAGUAUCGCGUUUAAGUACCAAAAGUUUCAGAAAAAAAGAGCAGUAAACGCGUGACAUAGUUAUCGUCCGCGCAGUUAACCGUUUACGAUCGUCCGCUGAAAAGUGCCCUGGCGGAAAGUCGGUGGUUUUAGACGCAGGUUUACGAGGGUGGCGCUUAACCGGGCUUGGAAUUCGAGAGGGAAAAUUCGUCGGAUGAGCUGACCGAGGGAUGAAAAGAAAGGAAAAAGCGUGUCGAGUCUGUUGCGUCGCGAUCGACACCCUUCUCGUGUUACGCCACGCAGUCUGCGUUUUGUUGUUUCGCGGCUCGUGACGGUUGACACGGAAAACGGAUCGUCCUCAGGACUCGAGUGUCCACCUUGAAACACUCCACACGGGAAUGUCUUGUUUCGUGUCUGUCGUUGGGAGUUUCCUUGACUCCUAGACGGAUCGUUGAUGGAUCCCUCUAUUACGAGGAUCGAUCGUUUAAAGAAAUCGGUAAAGGAUCGGUAAUUGGGAGGUCUUAAGAUUCAUGGCUCGUUUGUCGUUCCUCGAGACGCGGGUUCGGUCGGGUUCGAAAGUUAAUGGGGCUAGACGAAUCCGGGAACGGUGGGGGUUGAAACUCAGCUCGACCGUGUUUUGUAAAAAACCACCAGAGAAAUUCGACACGCGGUAUAUUCCCUGGUAGUCGUCGAAAUAAGUCCCAGUGGAUUUCGAUAAAUUCCCUUCGAGAAACUUGUACGAGUUCGCGACGCGGCCGGUUAGUUUUAGACGAGCCGCGAACGCAGGUCCGCUUCCGGUAUGGUUUAUGGCUCAUGGGGUACCCUUGCUGUUUCUCCCUGUCACCUUCUUUCCUCCCCCAGCUGCGCGCCAACGGUCGGCAUUGUUUCCCGUCUCGGGACAUCGCCAAUGAUUCAACUGCGGUCUCCCUUUCUUUUUCGUUUUUCUCUUUUAAAAGAACUGCUCGAGUACGCGGACGAAGGGACGGAGUAUGGGAGGGAAAGAGUCAUAGAGGUCGUUGGAGAAGAGAGAAGCGAAGAGUACGAGGAAGAGAGAACGGAUAAACAGAUGCGUUCGAAAAGCAGGGCGAUAGUUUCGGAGCUUUUUCGAGGGCAGCAGGAACACCAGCAGCAGCAGCAGCAACAACAUCAGUUAGGGUAUGGAAAGCGCGAAGCCGACGAAGGCGGGGACGCGGUGGGCGUGCUGGAGGCGGGACAGCAGGAAAUUGAAAAUGGCGCGAUCGUGAAGUCGAGUAGCAUCGAAGCUGUGGUUAUUACAGUUUCGUCGAAUCAUGGAAACGAUGCCAGCGCCACGUACGAAUUGCAUUCCCUCGAUUAUCACGAUCCGGUCCUUCGAGAAAGGGUAUAUCUGGAACAGGAUUCCAGUUGCUACGGGGGUGGUAACUCGAGCAACGGGGAGGAGCAAGAGCAGCAACAACAACAGCAACAAAGGGAACAACAUCGUCAGCAACAGGUUUCCCAGCUCCCCCACCAGCAGCAACAACACCAUCAACAUCAAACCCAGAACCACCACCAUCGAGCUCAGUAUGUCGAGCUGGGGGCGAGAGAGCACUCGGUUGGAAAGGGUGGGGAUAACGAAGAGGCGAGUGAGGGCUCCGCGUUGCCGGAGGGAAAACGAGCCGACAGUCACGCGCCUCGCUCGACGAUGCAUCGUUACGGUACUGAGGCGCUCUCGCCGACCGCGACCGAUCAUCACAACCACCACCACCACCACCACCAGCACCUCCACCUCCAUCAUCGCCACCACCAUCAUCAGCAGCAGGAACAGCAGCAGCCGCAGCAUUUGCAGUCGGACGAUUCCCAACGUAGCGCGCUUUCGUCGACCGGUCAUCGUCGCUUGGACGAACACGAAUCGCAGUCGCAACCGCGCUCGCAAUCGCAAUCGGUUCAACAGCAGCACCAGCAGGUAGAGGAAGACGCGGAGAGAGCUAGCGGUAUCGUGGCAGCAAUGAGAGGUGCACGGGGUGACUUCAGUUUGAACGUACUGUUCCCGAAUCUCGGUAUCGCCGGUGCUAACAGCACCGCCGGUGACGUCGGACCGGCCGAUCAUCAUCAUCAACAGCAGCACCAUCAUCAACAACAACAUCAUCCUCAUCAUCAUUCGUUGGACGAGGUGUUGCCGGACGAUGCGUAUCUUCAGCAUCAGAUACGCGGUGGAAGUGGAGGUGGUGGCGGAGGUGGUGAGGGUAGUAACGGCGGUGGAGGAGGUGGAGGUGGUGGAAGUGGUGGUGUGGACAAUGGCGGCGGUGGCGGAGGAUCGCCGACUCUUCGGACCGGUAGUUCACCGGGAUCCAGUCGCAGCCCGCACGACGAUCAAGGACUCUCGUCGCCGCAUCGUCGAGGCCAACCGGACGGCGGUUACAGCCCUACCGAUCAGGGUAGACAAUCGUACGCUCACUUGACGGCGAUGCAACCGCCGUCCUCGGUACAACCGAACCACGGUCUCGGUCAAGAUGCCGAUCGCGUAUCCGAUCAGCUCUACAUGGAGUCGAUGUACACACAUCACGCGACCGGAACGCCGCAUCAUCAUCAGGAUCACGAGCAAGGAUCGUCUGCUCCCCACUCGCCCAGCGGUCCUUUACCAAGCUCUUUGUAUCGGACGAUGAGCGGCGUUAGCACGAUGACCGCGAGUGCGGCAGGAAGCGGAGGCGCUUACUCGCUUCCUUACAUGACCGCCAGCCCCACGGAAUUGACCGGUUCGCCGCAACAGCUAUGGAACGCACAAGGUGCGUUGAGCGCGGCACUUCCGUCGAUUUCGGAGGAUUACGGCGGUGGCGGCAAGUCCUCGGGAACGGUGACACACCAGGCUCUUCCAGGAUUUUCGCAACCAUUCUGCGGCAGAGCGAGUUUCCGAGGAUACAGCCCGUCUUAUUCGAGUCAACAGAGCAGCGCAGGAGUCGGAGCGGCCGGUGUCGACGCGUCUUCCUGGAGUUACGCCUCGUCGACGAACGACGCGUUGAGCACCCAAUACGCGACGCCCUCCAGACGACAACCGGUGAAUCCGUCCUCGACGCCCACGCAGCAUCAGCUUAGCGCCACGGCUAGUCUUAGCGCCAUGCACAACAUCGAGGCGGAAUACUUUACGGAGGGCCGCGAGUGCGUAAAUUGCGGUGCAAUUUCCACUCCGUUAUGGCGGCGAGACGGUACCGGACAUUACCUCUGCAACGCAUGCGGUCUCUACCACAAGAUGAACGGAAUGAAUCGUCCCUUGGUGAAGCAGCCGCGGCGAUUGUCCGCUUCGAGACGCGUAGGCACCUCUUGCAGCAACUGUCAAACCACCAUGACGUCGCUCUGGCGUCGGAACACUUUGGGCGAGCCGGUAUGCAACGCGUGCGGCCUCUACUAUAAGCUUCACGGGGUGAACAGGCCUCAUACAAUGAAGAAGGACAGCAUCCAGACACGGAAGAGGAAGCCGAAGGGCGGAAUGAAGUCCACCGACACACCGAUCUCUGGAUCCGUCGCCGCUUGCGCGAACAACACCACCGCCACCAGCAAUAACAACAAUAACAAUAAUAAUAAUAACAACAAUAAUAACAGCUUGAAGUUGGAACCAGACACCUACGGCGACCUGAGGAUGAGCCACGCAGGAAUGCCUCAAGUGAGCUACGGGAACGCGUUGUACGGGAGCACCCAGCCACCCAGUAGGAUAGUCUCCUAUCAGCCGACGUAUUACGACAUGAUCGCUAACCAGCAACAGCACCAACACCAGCAGCAACAGUUGCAGCACCAGUCGCAGCACCCUCACCAGCACCCACAGCUGAUGGAGACCCACUCGCCGAAAGUUGAAUGCCCGUCGCCGCCGUGCGCGAAUCGAUCGCCGGUGAUGAUAUCAGCUGGUCAUUCGCCGGAUCAUCAUCAGCUCGCUACACCGCACAUCGUGACCCUCGGCAAUUCCUCGCCAAGCGCGGCGACCAAGAUGAUACUUGACAACGGUCAUCUGGACAGACCCACCGUCGUCUCGAUAUCCUCUUAAAACCCGCGAUCGUGUAUCUCGUUCCUCGAUACACCGCGAGAUCCUUUCUCCUCUUAACGACGUUUCGUUUUCGCCUCUCGACGACGGGGCGAAAGGAUUAAUUUCGAGGGAAGGAGAAACCGCGGUGUGUAAUUCCUUCUUUCGAUAGAAAACCGCGGGAAAACGAGAACUCUUCUUUCCGACGAACACCGGACUCGUUGUAAAUACUUUCGCCUAAUGAUAAUAUUGUAAAAGGCCGAACCAUUUGUUCUUUCCACAGCUGCAUGGAUUUUUAAUCGUUAAGAUCGUGCGAUCGCAGCCGAUUACUCGAUGCGUCGUUUCUCUCUAAGUGUAAAUAGACGGUAAUGCUAAAAUAUUCUUAAGCGAAAACGUUAAGGGUAGGAUCGAAGACACUUGAUAUCUGAUAAUAAUAAUAAUAAUAACGAUACUAAGGAUAAAUAAUAAUGAUAGUGAUAUGAUAAUAAUAUUAGUAAUAAUGAUGAUAAUAAAUAAUAAUCGUUAUGUUUAUCAAUCUAGUCGCGUUGUACGGCGCGUCUAAGACUUGAAAUAUUUAGGACGCGUGUAGACGAUGACAUGGACCAGGACGAACGCAACGACGACUACGAAUAGAAUAUGCCAGCAGAUAAAAAAAAAAAAAAAUAAUAAUAAUUGGAUUUCCCUCGGAAUCUUCACGUUCGUAUAUUUCCAAAGUGUAUUGUAAGAAAUCGGUUGUUUUUGAAUAAAAAGGGAUAUUUAA